AUGUUCUCCUCCCUCCGUCGCGCUCCGCGACUUGCUUCACGCCGUCAUCUCUCCACUCAAGCAAGCCAUAAUAGUCCAAAACCGAAAGUCAUAUUCAGCGGCAUACAGCCUACAGGCAUCCCUCAUUUGGGCAACUACUUCGGCGCGCUCAAGCACUGGGUGCAUCUGCAAAACACUGCAUCACCAAAUGACACCCUACUCUUCUCGAUAGUAGGCUGGCACGCCCUGACUCUCCCACAAUCACCAUCCGCUCUCCUCGCCGCAAGACACGACAUGCUCGCCCUUCUCCUCGCAGUCGGCAUCGACCCGUCACGUUCAAUAGUCUUCCACCAAGAUGCCGUGCAAUACCACACGGAGCUGGGAUGGGUGCUGAACUGCUUGACGAGCGUGGGAAGGCUGCAGAGGAUGACUACGUGGAAGAGUCGCUUGGCCGUAUCAAGAGGCGCGAACGACGAGAGCGAAGUCGACGAGUCGCUUCUGAACGCCGGGCUCUUGACCUAUCCCGUCUUGCAAGCGGCCGAUAUCCUGCUAUACAAGACGACGCACGUGCCAGUGGGCGACGACCAAGCGCAACAUAUCGAACUCACGCGCGACAUCGCCGAUGCCUUCAACCGCUCCUUCACCCGCGCCAAACCGCUCUUCCCACUCCCGAAUGUACAAACUACGCCGGCGAAACGCAUACUCAGCUUGAGAGAUCCAAGCGCGAAGAUGUCCAAGUCCGCAAGGGAUCCGAAGUCUCGGAUCGAGCUUAACCACUCGCCCGCGGACAUCGCUACUAGGAUUCGAGGCGCGGUUACAGAUUCCGUCCCAGGCAUAACAUACGACCCUGUCGAACGCCCUGGAACUGCAAAUCUUCUGGAUCUACUCUCCGCCUGCACGGGCGAACUUCCGCAGAUCCUGGCACUGCGAUUUAAUGGCCAUGGAGCUCUGAAGAAGGAGCUUACUGAAGCGCUUGUUGAGGAGAUGAAAGGGCCGAGGGAGGAAUUUGAGCGACUGAGGGAGGAUAGAGGGUUCUUGGAGGAUGUUGCUAAGAAGGGCGCGGAGAAGGCGAGCGAAAGAGCGGGGAAGACCAUGCUAGAAGUGAGGAGAUUAGUUGGACUGGCGUAG